UAUAAAUAGCUUACCCUACCUUGAUCUGCUGCUGAGGCUGCUGUAAACCUGCAGGGUCACUCUAGCAUCUGGGAUCGUGUUGGAUCUGCAAACUUGGAACAAGGUGCCCGCCCGGUUGAAGCCAUGAGGAUCCACAGCCUCACCCUGUUCUCCUUCCUGCUCCUGGCUGCUCAGGUGCUUCUGGUGGAGGGCAAAAAGAAAGCAAAAAAUGGACAUCACAGCAGAGAGACAUCAAGGCAGAGGGACACUGAGGGCAAACCCCAAAUUAAACAGAGAAACCAGACAUCCAAGUCCAUGACCAAAGGCAGCUUUGUCACCAAAGACCAAGCUAGCUGCAGAUGGGCCAUGGCUGAGCAGGAAGAGGGUACCAUUCUAAAGGUCCAAUGCUCCCGAACAGACAAUGAGUUUUCUUGUGACUUUGCUGGGAAUGCAACUUCAUGUCUAGAGUUCAAUGAAGAUAAGGUCUAUUGGAAACAAAUUGCCCGAAAUCUGCGCAAAUUGAAGAACAUCUGCGGGUCCUCCAAGAGUGUCCUGAAGUCCAGGGUGUGUAGAAAAAAGUUUCCAGAGUCCAAUCUCAAGCUGGUGAGCUCCACUCUCUUCAGCAACAUAAAGCCUGUCAAAGAGGAGGCAGGGCAUGCCAAGGUCAAAGAGGAAACCCACUCUGGCCCAGCAGUGACAGACAACAAGGCCAUCAAAGAUCCUGAGUGUUUGGAGGAUCCAGAUGUAGCAAACCAGAGAAAAAUUGCCCUGGAGUUCUGUGGAGAGUCCUGGAGUUCCAUCUGCAGAUUCUUCCUCUCCAUGGUACAGGACAAAUCAUGCUAAUGAGGACAAAAUAGAAUAGAGUCUGUUAAGAGGUGUCUUGCCAUACAUUAGCCCAUCUGUAUGCCAUAAAUCUCUCCAAAUUCCUUAUAAGAUAUGAACCUUUUGUGCUAUGGGAGUACAGUGGAAUAUUUCAAUAGAUUUUGUAAAUUUUGUUGCUGUGUUUUAGAAUUUGCUUUAUUUUUACUUCUUUGGAUGUGAUUAUCAGGGACUAUACACCUCAUUGUUUGGUUCCUUGACCCACAAAACUAUAUAUGAGUAGUGAAGGCCUGUCUUUGAUCUGAACAAA